AUGCCACGCAUCAUUGAUAAUCUGAUUCAUUUCAACGGCAGAGGCGAUGAGGCAGCAUCGUCAUCAACAAAAAUGGGUCUUGUUAAUCUGCGAGAUCUAGUUGAAACAGCAGCACAUCGAUGGUAUAAAGAAAAUGAAAAAGAUUCGAUGAAAGCUAGAUGGGGAAAAACUUACAAUUGGAAAGAACUUGUUAAAGAAAUUGAUUGGAGAUCAUUAAAAGUACGUCAUGAUCCAAUUAUUUAUACUGAUAUUGAUACUCCCGGUACACCGAAAAAUCAUAUAUUAUUUCGUUCAACAUUUCUCAAUGAUACAGAUCGUGAACAGGAAUAUAAUUUAAAAGCAGAACGACGUACAGUGUCAACAUGCUCAUUUUCAAUAUUUGAAGGUUAUACAACUGAACAGUGUGCAUCGUUGGAGUUAGAAGUUCCAUUGCCGAAAUGUGUGUUAGAAGCAAGUACAGGCUUUCGUCGAGAAUAUGCACUUGAACAAUCAAAAGACAAACAAGUCGAAGAAGAAUUAACAUGGUCUGUUGAAUCUAAUAUUAAGAUUCCUUGUAUGUCUCAAACAACAGCUGAAUUAGUUGUUCAAGAGGAUGAAUAUCAUGGUACAUUUGAAAUCAAAUCAUACUUCAUGGGAGAAAUUCGUGUUAAACUUUUCAAAGAUUCUCAAGAUAUUCUCACAUUAGAAUUUGGUGAUCUUGAAGAUUUAUUUCCGCGUGACAAAGGUUUUCGUAAAGAUGCACGCGGCAUUUAUCGUAUUACACGUGGUGAAUGUAAAGCACGUUUUGGUAUAUCACAAAAAGUUGAAUUACAUGCUAAACCACUACCAGGCUCAGAUUUAUAUCUCCGUCAAGCGCAACAGCGAACUACAUUUGAUCAACAAAGCGAUUCACGUAAGAAUAGCUUAAAAGGUGUUCCACCUAUAGCAGUACCAAGUACUAUGCGUCGUGACCUUGCUAAUGGAACAAAUACUUGA